AUGUUGAUCAAAGUGCGAACGCUGACCGGCAAGGAGAUUGAGCUCGACAUUGAGUCUGCCUACAAGGUCUCCCAGAUCAAGGAAAAGGUCGAGGAGAAGGAAGGCAUCCCGCCGGUGCAGCAGCGCCUCAUCUACGGCGGCAAGCAAAUGACCGACGACAAGACGGCCGCCGACUACGAUCUCAAGGGCGGCGACACGCUGCAUCUGGUCCUCGCCCUCCGCGGCGGUCGCCAAUAG